AUGGACACCACAGCUUCUACUCUCAAGUCAGACUACCCAUGGAUCCAAUUCCCUCUUAUCAUCAGUGCAGCAAUGUAUCCCAUGUCGUGCCCUUCACUCGCUCUCGCGGUUUCCAAAGCAGGAGGCCUCGGUUUCAUCACCGGCGGCCUCAACGCCGUGGAUCUGAAGAAGAACCUCGAAGAGUCCGCUGAGCUCCUACAUCAGGUCCAGCCACCCAUGAGCUUCGAGAAGGGCACUCUUCCCAUUGGCGUGGGCUUUCUGCUUUUCGGCAAUAAGCUAGAUGAAGUGGUACCUCUGGUUCAAGAGCAUAAGCCAGCAGCGGUGUGGCUAUUCGCUGCUCAUCAGAUCGCUGAAUACGCCACCUGGGCCAGAGCAAUGCGAGAAGCAACUGAUGGGAAGACGAAGAUCUGGGUCCAAGUCGGCACUUCAGUCGAUGCGCUGGAGGUUGCCAAGAUCUGUGAGCCAGACGCGUUGGUCGUUCAGGGCGCUGAUGCUGGCGGGCAUGGGCUACAGCGUUCCGCUGGGCUGAUGUCUCUGUUUCCCGAGGUGAGUGAUAGCUUGAAAGCAGAUGGACUGGGGCACAUUCAGCUUUUUGCGGCUGGUGGUAUCGCUGAAGGGAGAGGGGCACUGGCUGCUCUGGCAUUAGGAGCGAAUGGUGUUGUGAUGGGCACGCGGUUCCUAGCAGCGGAAGAAGCUCUGAUUCCACCAGGGUACCAGGACGCAGUGGUUAGAGUGAAGAGUGGCGCCACGGCAACGGUGCGUGCGGGGCUCUUCGAUAACCUGCGCGGGCCCAAUAUAUGGCCGAAAGGGUAUGAUGGCAGAGGAAUCGUCAAUGAGACCUAUGUUGACGCCGAAGCCGGAAUGCAUCUGGACGAGAAUAGCAGACUUUAUGCGGAAGCCUUGGAUGGUCGUCUUCAGCAGUAUCCUGAGAGUGGUCAAUCAGCGACUGGAACGGGUCGACUGACCAUGUGGGCGGGAAGUGGCGUCGGCCUUGUCGAUCGAGUCAUGCCUGCUGCAGAGAUCGUCGAGCACACUCGGAGAGAAGUCAAGGAGAUCGUGGGAAGACUCGGUUCCAAAUGUCUGGAGUAA